GGCGUACUACAUGCUGCGGGCUAACGCGUCGCACUUCAGUUCUCGGUUAGCGUUUGGGGAGCGUGGUCCGACGAGCCCUCCGUACAACGCUCCGCUUCUGUUCCAUUCGUCGUUUGCCGGGAAGUCUUUGUCGGCGAUAUUCCGCAGUGUCGCGAUUGUGGUGUGAGUGAUUGUGUGUGAAAAUGUGUUGUGGUUGUUCAUAAAAGGCGAGAGGAGUAUUUUCACGUUGGAUAUUGACCAUGCUUCCGAUCUUCCUGGACCGAAUGUCUUCACAGCAGACUCGAUACUAUUGGGCUUGGUUAUUGCCUUCAACUAUCAAACUUCAACGAUUGCACUGUGCAAAAGUCCGUCAAGAAGAGGGAAAAGUGAACGAAGGAAUUCGUCUGGGUCCAUGGCCGAGCUGUUGAACAGGGAUCCAGGAUUUAAAAGAACACACGAUACACUCCAGCUACCGUAUUAAAAACAAUUAUCACUUUUUUGUGAAGAAAUGUUACGCGAGACAUGUGGUUAAUCAUUUUCGGAGAGUCUUGGAAAACACAUGGCUG